AUGACCACGACACCACCCCUCGCGACGGGUGCCAACCCUCCGAUUCCCGCCGAACAGCUCACCGCACUUACAUCGCUGCUGUCGGGUCUCACCGCUGCCGCUUCCGGCACUGCCACACCCGCCACGACGUCCGGCACCACUCGCACUGCCUUUCCAAAGCACGCACGCUUGGAUGGUGCGAAGACCUUCGCGAACUGGACACGCCAACUUCGCCUGUGCCUAGCGGACGACAUCCGCUCGUACGUCCUCGACGGUAUCGUACCCGACGACUGGACACCUUCGCAACGCUCCGCUCGCGACGCCGUCGCUAGCGAGGUCCUUGCGAACUCGAUUGACUCGGCCAAAGUCUCGGCAGUCCUCGACAAAAUCCCUACCGCCGACCUGACAGCACCGACAAUCUACUCGACGCUGAAAUUGCGGUACGCCCCUGACGACGCCACCCGCACGCUCGAGCUCUUCUCACGACUCUGGGGUUUCCGUCCCAUGCCCGGCACGGUUGCCGAAUUUGACGGGUGGAUCAUGGAGUUCAAAGCCGUUGCGCAAGAGAUCAUCGACACAAAGACGACUAUUAAUGAUGUUCUCGCCACACUCCUCCUUGCAAUCGCCCACCCGUCCCUCGAGAGCUUCAAGGCGUCGUUCACCGAUGAACAGCGCACGCAACGAACUCUCCCCGACAUUGAUUCGCUUGCCGACCGUAUGCGAGUCCAACUUCGGUCAACGAACAUCCCCAGCACUCAAUCGGCCCUUCUUGCCUCGUCGUCGUCACGUUCUACCCAUCCCAAGUGUCUCGCCUGUCGCAGCCCUUCGCACCGAGUCGCGGAGUGCCCUACGAGGGCGCAACACCCGCCGCCAGGACCCUGUCGCUCCUGCAAGAAGAAGGAUCACUGGUCUCUCGACUGCAAGAAGGCGCUCGAGGACGGCAAAAAGCCUGACACCGCUGACUCGACCGUCGACUCGCAACACCAUGUCGGAUGUCUUGCCACCGGUCUUCUCGCUCGUCGUCGCCAGCUUCGCAACCACUCUUUUGUCGUCGACUCGGGCGCCACUUCGCACAUGGUCUCGGACAAGUCGCUGUUCACGACCUAUCGCCAUAUCGCUCCUACGAAGAUUGGUGGUAUUGCAGGGGGCAUCAACGCCAUCGGAACGGGAAACAUCGCCUUCAUUGCCGCCUCGGGUCAUCCGAUCACGCUUACCGGCGUGCUGCACACUCCGGGCCUGUUUGUCAAUCUUCUCUCGGUCUCUCGACUUUCCGACACCGACGAUGUCCGUGUCGCCUUCACGAAACACGGCAUCCACAUUGACAAGGACGGCAACGACAUCGCUGAAGGUGCACGACUCGACGAAGGGCUCUACUUGCUGGACGCUGAUCAUUCCAAAUGUCAGCACCUUGCUCUCCUUUCUCGCUCACAGUCGUCCGUGCCCCUGCUGACUCUCCAUCGCUGCCUCGGCCAUCUCGCACCGUCCUCCAUACAGAAGAUGGUUGCCGCUGGUUUGCUGGAGGGUCUCAGGGCCGGAUAUAGUGACGAAGAGGUAGAGAAGUUUGUCUGCAAUGCUUGCCUCAGCGCAAAGGGCCAUCGUCUUCCCUUUCCCGAUUCGGAUUCGCACUCCUCAGAGAGACUCGGCCUUGUACACAGCGAUGUGUUUUCCUUCUCCGAGCGGUCCUUGACUGGCAAACGUUACCUGGUCACAUUCCUUGACGAUUACUCGCGCAAACUCUGGGCCUACGCAAUCGGACACAAAAGCGAAGUCUUCGGCAUAUUCAAAACUUGGCUAGCCGAGGUUGAACUCGAGACGGGUGCGACGCUGAAGGUCCUCCGAACCGACAACGGUGGCGAAUACUGUUCGAGAGCGUUCACAGAGUUCUGCAAGGCACGAGGCACUCGUCGACAAUACUCUAUCCCACGCACGCCUCAACAGAACGGUCGUGCAGAGCGGGUCAAUCGUUCCAUUGUCGAAGGCGUCCUUGCCCUCCUUGUCGACGCCCACCUACCCAAGACAUUCUUGUGAAGAGUCCACUCUCAGCUCGACAGGGGCGCCUCGGUCGUUGCGCGCGCCUGCUAGCCUGGCCCCUGUGGUGGGGACUUAGGCGCGCGCGAGUGCCUCAGCGCGCCGGCGCCGGCGGUUUUCGGGCGCGCGCCGCUAGCCCGCCCUUGCAGUGGGGACUUAGCCGCGCGCGACUGCCUCAGCGCUCCAGCGAUUUCGCCCGCGCCUGGGCAUAUCCCAGCGCGGGCCACCUUUCCAUUUCUUAGCUUCCUUCUCAUCACUUCUGUUCGACUCUCGACUUCUCCUGACAGUAGUGGUGAUCAUCUCAUAGGUACGCUGAAAUAGAUCACUUCUGUUCGACUCUCGACUUCUCCUGACUAUUCGAUCAACUCUACUACGUCAGCGAUGUAGUUAUAGCCAAGAGUGAUGAAUGCAUUUCAACAUACCUAUUCGAUCAACUCUACUACGUCAGCGAUGUAGUUAUAGCCAAGAGUGAUGAAUAG